ACCUAAUGCGUUGACUUUUUAGGAUUGUGGGUGUGUGUUUUAUGCGAAGAGGCUGAGAUGCGCUACGGGGAGGAGUGGUUGUAUUUUUAUGACGACAACGGCACCCAGCACGUCAUGAAUUUUUCUUCGGAGCCAGUUGAUAGUAGAGACAUGUUUUACGGCGAGAUCUAUUUUGAUUUAUAUACCAGACACAACCCCUUAGAACCUGAAGCCUUAUCGAUACCCGAACCCGACAAACUCAUGGAGAGUAAAUAUUUCAAUAGCUCGUUAGGCGUCAAAAUGGUAACUCACGGCUGGGUAACGAGCGCCAAAGCGCAGUGGAUGCAGAACAUUAAAAACGCCUUACUACAUUACCACGACUUGAACGUGAUCACUGUGGACUGGUACGAGUUGUCGAGGAACUCUUUCUAUCCUUGGCCGGCGUACAGCACCCGAUACGUGGGGAGGGAGAUAGCGACGUUUAUCGCGGCUCUCGUCAGAAGUUACAACAUCACAGGCAGCAGCUUCCACCUCAUAGGACAUAGCUUGGGCGCCCAAGUCAUGGGGUACGCGGGGAUGUUCUCCAACGAGACGAUACAGAGAAUAACAGGUUUAGAUCCGGCGCGACCUCUGUUCGAGGUUCCGGAGAUGCCAGUGGACUACUGCCUCGACCGCACCGACGCGUACUUCGUGGAUAUCAUACACACGUGCGGCGGCGUCUACGGGUACAGGAAGAGUUACGGCCACGCAGACUUCUACCCCAACAGUGGGAUGCCGGCCCAACCAGGAUGUUCAGACAUAUCGGCUAUUAUGGAAUCAUGCAGCCACGGUCGAGCACCGGAGUUUUUCGAAGAAUCCAUCUCACAUGAACCUGGCACCGGUUUCUUAGCGUACCCCUGCGAGAACUGGGACAAAUUUGACAAAGGGGAGUGUAAAGAAAACGCCACGAACAUGGGAUACCCCGCAACCGAGGACAGCCGUGGAGACUAUUUCCUACACACUAGUGACACUCCGAAAUAUGCCGAAAUUGAUAAAAAAUAUAAAUAUUAAUUAU